CAACAGCAGCUGGAAGAUCGAGGUGGAUGCUCCAGGAUACUAGGACACAAAAGAAAAAAAGAAUAAGAAUACCUUACUCUCACAGAGAUGAAUCGGUUUCUGUGCCUGCUGGCUGUAGGCCUCUACCUGUGCUUGCAAUGCCAGGUGAAUGAAGCACAUUUGAGCCGGAGCUACAUUGAAAAAACUGUGCUGGCAGCAAAGGCCAAAGUGGACGCAGCCUAUCGGUAUUCAAGGCAACAGAGCGUGGAUCGUGUGAGGAGGGACGCACGUUACGAGGAUGUCGUGCGGCUAAUGAAGCAGCCCAGAGGAGUCUCCCGCAUUGUUGUGCGCUCUGCUGAUUACCUGGCUACCUCUUUGCAAAUGAUCACUGAUAAUCUUGAAAGGCGUCACAAACGCUCCGUAAAUGCCACAGAUUUCCUCUCUGAUCAAGAUCUGCAGACCCUCAUUGGUCUGACAGGCUGCUCUCCAAGUCAGCGCAUCCCUGCUUGUGAGACGACUCAAAAUUUGCAGGCAUAUCGUAGUGCAAGCAGCGUCUGCAACAACAGGAGAAACACCCGCUGGGGGGCCUCCAACAUACCUUUUCUCCGCUGGCUCCCUCCUGUGUAUGAGAAUGGUUUUUCUACACCUAAAGGCUGGAGCCCUGAGCUUGGUGUCAACGGUUAUGUCCUUCCCCUGGUAAGAGACGUGUCCAACAGCAUUUUGGCAACAGCUAACUCUGAUGUGGAGAACGACCCACUCUACACUUUCCUGGUGACAAUUUUUGCCCAGUUCACUGACCACGACCUAACCUUCACCCCUACCUCUCCGUCCAUUACCACAUAUACUGGCAGGACCGACUGUGAAAUGAGUUGUGUGCGCCAAGACCCCUGCUUCCCCAUUCCAAUUCCCAGCAGUGACCCCCGGUUUGGCAGUAAUUCAAACGAAUGCUUGCCCUUCACCCGCUCAGCUCCAGCUUGUGGCACUGGAGACAAUAACUUUAACUUCGUUGCGAGCACUGUCCGUCAGCAGAUCAACACUCUCACAUCCUUCAUUGAUGCAGGUCAGGUCUACGGUUCAGAUGAUGUCAAAGCUCGCUCCCUUCGCGACCUCUCCACAGAUGAGGGUCUUUUGAGAGUCAACAGUCAAUUUAACGACAACGGCCGUGAGCUUCUGCCCUUUGCCACAGGGAGCACCAAUCCGUGUGCCACCCGAGCUCGCAUUACCGAUGAUACCACUGCCCAGGAGGUGCCCUGCUUUGUCGCUGGUGAUGACCGCUCAAAUGAGAACAUUGCACUGACCUCUCUGCACACACUCCUGCUGCGUGAGCACAACCGACUGGCACGCGCUCUGGUCCUCCUCAAUCCACAGUGGAAUGGAGAGAGACUCUACCAGGAGGCCCGCAAGAUCGUGGGUGCAUAUAUGCAGGUGAUCACAUACAGAGACUACUUACUCCACAUUGUAGGCCCAGACUUCAUUUCCAGCCAUCUGUCCACCUACCCCGGUUAUAAUAACAGCGUGGAUCCCAGCAUCGCCAACGUGUUUGCCACAGCUGCUUACCGUUUUGCUCACCUAAUGGUUCAGCCUUUCAUUUUCCGUCUUAAUGAGACGUACCAGGAGCACCCUCAGUACCCCAGCCCACUGCUGCACAAAUCCUUCAGUGCACCAUGGAGGGUCAUCUUUGAAGGUGGUAUGGACCCUAUCUUAAGAGGACUGGUGGGCAGUCCAGCUAAGCUGGGGACUCAGCAGCACAUGAUGAGUGAUGAGCUGAGGGACAGGCUGUUUAAAUUCAGUGCUAGGCUGGCUCUGGAUCUGGGUUCGCUGAACAUGCAGAGAGGAAGAGACCAUGGACUCCCUGGUUACAACCAGUGGCGCAAGUUCUGUGGACUGUCACAGCCACAAAAUCUUAAUGAGUUGGCUGCAGUGCUGAACAACACAGAUCUGGCGAUGGAGCUGCUGGAUCUUUAUGGCACCCCUGACAACAUUGAUGUGUGGCUGGGAGGCGUAUCAGAGCCAUUUGUCCAUGGAGGAAGAGUGGGACCCCUGUUUGCUUGCCUGAUUACAAAUCAGUUCCAAAGGAUUCGCCAGGGAGACAGACUUUGGUGGGAGAAUGAAGGAGUCUUCACUGAGGCUCAGAAGAGCUCACUGAGGAACGUAUCACUUGCCCGUAUAAUCUGUGAUAACACUGGUAUCACUGAAGUCCCUGAAAAACCUUUCCUGUACCGGCCUCGAGAGGCUGGCUACACCCAGUGCCAUAAUAUCCCCGCCUUUGACCUCAGUCCAUGGAAGGAGGGGGCACAAGUCCCAGUACCACAACCAGCGCCAGGCCCACGUGGACCUUCAGGACCUCAAGGACUACCUGGCCCUGCUGGCCCUGCUGGCCCUGCUGGACCUGCUGGCCCCCGUGGACCUCCUGGCCCUCCUGGACCUCCCGACAACCAACAGAAAGCUGCUUUCUCAGUGAAACUCGGCAGCAGCUCCCCCAAAGCUCUCUCACCGAUCAUUUUCCGUGACUUAAUCUACAAUGGACAGAGCAGCUAUAACACUAAGAAUGGGCAGUUUACAUGUGAUCAGCCGGGUGUUUAUGAGUUUGACUUCAGCCUCACAAUCAACAAGAAUGCUGCCACUGUGGAUCUGCUGAAAAACGGACAGCUUGUUCUGCACGCAUACACCACAAAGCAUACUGGUAUCACUGAACUCCCUGAAAAACCUUUCCUGUACCGCCCUCGAGGGUCUGGCUACACCCAGUGCAGUAAUAUCCCCGCCUUUGACCUCAGUCCAUGGAAGGAGGGGGCACAAGGCCCAGUACCAUUUCCACCACAAGCACAAGGCCCACGUGGACUUCCUGGACCUCCAGGACCACCUGGCCCCGCUGGCCGCACUGGACCUCCUGGACCUCCUGGCAACCAACUGAAAGCUGCUUUCACAGUGAAACUUGGCAGCAGCUCCCCCAGAGCUGGCUUUCCAGUCAUUUUCAGUGAUGUAAUCUACAAUGAACAGAGCAGCUAUAACACCCGGAAUGGGUUGUUUACAUGUGAUCAGCCGGGUGUUUAUGAGUUUGACUUCAGCCUCACAAUCAACAAGAAUGCUGCCACUGUGGAUCUGCUGAAAAACGGACAGCUUAUUCUGCACGCAUACACCACAAAGCAUACUGGUUACCUGAUUGCCAGUGGCAGCAUUAAUGUUCGACUUAGCAAGGGUGACAAGGUCUGGCUGGUUAUAAACCAGGGUGGCAAUAUCAUCAGUAGUGACAGCUACUUCAGCGGGCAUCUGCUGUUUGCGUAAAAUGUCCACUGACACAUAACAUCCUCAAAACACCGCAAAAAAAUCAUUUUUCCCCACUUGUUUUGUAGUGUGCACCUUUUAAAAUGUUGCCUGUAGUUUAUGAUUAUUAGUUAGUACUUAGUCCUCAAUAGUUAGAUUACUAAGAUUACAGUCAUCCCACUCUAAAGCAAUUAAAGGCAGAACAAGCAAAUGUGAAUCUUGCUGAGAGAAAUGCACAAAGUUUUAAAAUGCUACACUGUUUAACUGUUUUAAAACGUGUUAUUGAAGGAAUAUGCAUAACACACUGAUCAGACAAAAAGGGUUUUAAUGAAGAUUAUUUAAAAUCAUGAGUGAAUUAUUGUAUAUUUGUUUGAUUAAGUUUUUAAUUAGUUAUUCAGCUGUCUUUUAAAAUCCUAAGAAGUGAUUGUGUUCUUAGCCUUUCCUUGAUAAUGAAA